CUUGUUUGAAGGAAAGACACAAAACAAAUAAACAGGGAAAUGGCAGCCGAUCAAUCUGAGAGACAAAGCGAAGAACAACGUCAGCCGACAUUAACACCAUCGGUUGAAACAAAGCUGAAAGGCGCAUGCUUUAAGUGCAAAAAGCAAGGUCACUGGGCAAAAUAUUGCCCUUCCAACGACAACCCAACGGCAAAACCUUCAUCUCCGCCGCUCGACACCCACCUAAUUCCGGUGCUGUGCUGCCAUUGCGGUGUGGCUUGCACCAUUCAGGUUUCCCGUAGUGACGCUAACUACGGAAAACCAUAUUAUUCUCGUAACUGUACUUGCGAUAAUGCCACCCGAGGCAGAAAUUUCUACAAAUGGUGCGAUGAUGUCAAGGCACCGAUGUGUAGUUGCGGCGCCGGUGCUUGUACCGUUAAUAACCGGCGAGAUGAAAAUGGGAAGGAGACCAAGUACUUUACUUGUCGUAUUAGAAAGGGACAUGGAGCCUGUGGUUUCUUGCAGUUCGAGAGUCCUACGAGUUCACGGCCAAGGUCUUUGGAGAUAGACGAAAGACCAUCGACAAUGAGACUCCGGUGUGGUGGCCUAUCAGAUAUUAUCACUCACGAGAUGUCUGUUACUGGGAAUUUACCAAAUGGAUAUGCUGAAGUUGAUAAAGUAUCGCAAAAUGCUCUCGGAAGUGGUACUCAACCAUUGUGUGAUCCUUUAGGGACUUCAAGCCUCGAAACAUCGUUCAUUGCUUCAGAGAAAGUCAGAAAGAAUCUUCAGAAGGAUUACCUCUCUCAUUUGGAGCCAAUUGAGCCACCUGAUCACAAUUCCAUGUUACAGGCAGUGAAUGAUACUUUUGGUGCUUCAGUUAGUCCGUUGAUUGAAUGCAGACCUUUUGUCGAGCAUAUGGUGGAAUCUUUUCGGGGUAUAUCAAUAGUUGCAGGAAUGGGGUCAGCUCUCAAAGAUUACUGCAAUCAGUCAGUGCCUUCCAUACCUAAAAAUAUUGGGAAAUCUUUGUAUGAUAUAUCUGGGAACAAUGCAGAAACAUUUGCCACCGUAACAGACACUGGCAAUUAUCAUUUUUGGUCAGUCCAUGAAGCGGCUUCUCAUAUUAAAGACACGCUCUGUCAAAUUGAGAAGCUUGAGACUUACCUUCUAAAAACUGCUAAGGAUGUCGGACAGUUAAAGAGAUGCAUGCAGGCUACAUAUCAAGAGCUGACAAAAGCCUUGAAACUUACACAGGAGAAAGAAGAGCAAAUGCAUUUUAAUAUGGACAACAUUAAAUGAGGUGAAGGACAUGGAAGUAAAAUGAAAAGAUGGAGUAAUGCAGAUAUCCGGCUGGCAGUUAUAAAGUACAGAAGAAAGCUUAGGACCUCAUUAGAUUAGAGGACAGCACUUGUAGGUGUAUUAUAACGCAAGACUGCUAUUAUAUUUUGGUCAGCAGAAGUAUUUUGUAUAACCAUGUAUGUGGGGAUUUCAAGUGGAUCAUUAUGUGAAGACUAUCUCUAUGAUUAUCAAGUAUGCUGGACCAGUUAAUGUUA